GCGACUUAGCUUUAUGAAGGUGCAUAGGAAACGGGCUCGAGAAAAAGAUGUAGGGGAUUUUGUAAAGAGGAAGAAUAAAAAAUUGGACACAACACCACCUGGUGAGCGGAUUGAUCAGCUGAGGGCUAUUUGGUAUGCGGCAGUCGCUGAUUCGGUGGGGAUUUCCAACAAAAGGAGCUCAUGCAGGACUGGAAAUUGGGUUCCCAAUAGACACUACAAAGCCUUCUUUCAGACUAGUAACAAGGAUUCUGCACACUCUUCCACUUCUACCCCAACAUGUACUUUCGAUCGUUACGAUUUAGCGGGAACAAGCGAGAUCAAUGAACUGGUCCUCAAACAUAUGGCCAUGAAGGAGCGUGAUCCAGUUAUACAUGCAAAUCGCUUUAAGCGCAUCGCCUCACCUGAUAAACGCGAGCCUGUAAUGUUCAAACUAAACGCAUAUUGUUUUAACUUUGUCCGCUCUCUUGUGCAUCCAUUACAUAACUUUUUACAGUAUCACUACGAUCUCCACAACGCGGAUGAGCUUGAGGUCAUGCUUAUGCCAUGUAAAGGACCUCUUGCUGAGGCGGACGCGCGCUAUCAUUGCCACUUGGGUUGCAAAACACCCACAGGGCGCAAAGGUGGUUCCACAACACGUGCAAUUGAGUUAGGGCUUCAGCAAAGGGCGGUGCGUAGCGGUGACGCAAGCCUUAAAGGCCGCCAUUGCUACGUUGCUACAAAUAAUGAAACACUUUCCGACGACAAUCUUGCGGCCGCAGUACGGAACUGGGGUGUUUCUCGAGUUUUUGGCAUCAGUGCUUUUACGAUGCUCCGAACUGGUGCGAUUGGACGACAUGCUGAACAAAAGCUCUUGGAGUUUUUGUUUUCCGAAAUUUUACCACAUGCCGCACCAGAGUUCUUGCUCUCAAGCAGAAAGGAAAACCUCUUGCCGAUGGAAAAGGCAUUAGUUAUAGGCGAACGACUCCCAUGCGCGGUGUGCAAACUCUUUGCCCGGCGGUAUGAGCCGUAUGCUCAGAUGCUGCCAUCACACGGCCACCUAUACUUGUCAACUGUCUGCACAACUCUUUCAUUUGAUAGUUCACUUGAGGAGCUUUUACUUUCUCCGGCCUCAGCAGCGUCAAUUCUAAUGGAAAAGGGAUCCGGUCGGUGUCUUAUGCACUAACAUUUCAAUAAAGCGCAUCACAACAAGAGAAAACAAUGAGAAAGGAUGGGAGCAAACUAAACGAGUUUGUGGUUUUAAUCAUAUCCAUUGGUUUCUCCUCAUCCUCCUGAAACUAAUUUAUUGUAAUCCUUUCGCAUCCCAUACUUGAUUGAAGUGCGCUUAAACAGCUUUACAUCCUUACCCAUUCUACCUCUAGCAGACUAAACAUUACGAUAGGCUUCAGAUUCGUAUCAAUUGGAUGUCUUGAUGAAGUCUAGACUGAAAAUUAUCGCGAGACGACAUAUUGUUAGCACUAGGGAUAAUGAGAGGAAAAUAAAGUUAGUGGAUACCUCGCUACUAACAUUCCCUCUCCUUCGAUGGCAUAAUAGUGCGGAAAUGACCUUUACUGUUGUCGUGGUGAACACUGGUGGAGAUUCACCAUAUGAAAGUCUAGGAGGCAGUCUGAGGAUUCUGCGAUAAAGGGAUAUUGAGGUUGGGAAAGUACCCACAUAAAUUGGGCUCUGAGAGGGUGAUCUGCCCCACUCAGGAUUAGCCUUGCGUUUAAAACAUACAGGAAAACUUUCUCUUGUGCAAGUGGUCAUUUUGGUACUUUGUAUAUUUUUGCACUGUUGUGCCAAA